AUGGCAUCUGAAUUUCACAGAGACAUGAUGUUUGAAAAUGAAAAAUUAAGCCUAAAACUUGAAGAUGAAAUACAUGAAAACAAUGAAAUUCUAAAAGAAAACAAUGCUACAAGACAUUUGUGCAACUUGCUCAAAGAAAAAUGUAUGCAAUCAGUGGAGAAGUGCAACAAAUAUGAAUGUGAACGAGAAGAAACCAGACAAAUGUAUGUGGAUCUUAACAAUAACAUUGAGAGAAUGAUAAAGGCUUUUGAAGAACUUCGUGUACAAGCAGAGAACAUCAGGCUGGAAAAGUAUUACAAAAUAAAAGAAGCAGCUGAUAAAAUAGAACAGCUUGAAAAAGGACACAAGAGAGAGAUAAAUUCCGUGGAAAAAGAGAUUUCUAUACUGAAAGAAGAAAAUGGUAAAAAAGAUAACAAAAUAAAGCAGACAAACAGUCAGUUACAGGAAUCAAGAUUGUUAAUACUUGAAUUCGAAGAAAUAAGAAAAAAACAAGAUGAGAUAAUAAAAAAAGCAGAAAGCAAGCAACAAAUCUUGUUGGCAGAACUGGAAAAUACUACACAUUCUUUGGAAGAUACAAAGAAUACUUGUAACAAUUUAGAAGCUGAGUUGCGAAUUACAGUAAAAACAGCAGCAGAAGUCACUGAAGAAAAGGAAUUGAUUAUAAAAGAAUUUGAAGAAACUAGAAUUCUGCAUGCAUCUGUUACUGAUGGGUUCCAGAUUGAAGUUUCUAAUUUGAAGGAGAUGCUAAUCAAGGAAGAAAAUAGGAAAAAGGAAUUGAGAGAUGCCUCAGAUGCAUUAGUUUUGGAACUCCAAAAUAAAUCAUCUGAACUAGAAAUGAUGACCAAACUGAAAAAUGAUAAAGAAAAACAAAUUGAAGAAUUGGAACCAGUCUUAGAACAGGUCCAAGAAUUUUUACAUGGAAAACAAAUUCUUGAGAAGACCAUUGAAAAAUUACAAGAAAGAGAAAGAGAGUUAAAGAACACUCUUCAGACAAGAGAGAAAGAAAUACAUGAUUUGGAAAUGCAAUUGUCUGAUGAAUUCGAAAAUAAACAAAAUUGCUUUCAACAGCUUGCAACACUGAAAGCAGAGCUUGAAAAAGAAAUCCUAAAGAAUAAAGAGUUAAAUAUGGAGUGGAACAAACUUUUAUUUGAGAAAGAACAAAUUAUAACAGAGAAAAAGAUGGUGGACGAUGAACUUCAAAAAUGUAAAGAUAAUAUUAAGAAUGUUAAAAAUACAGAUGAAGAAACUAAAAAUCAAAUUAACAUUUUAAAACAAACAAACUUCCUAUUAAGCAAUGAAUUAGAGGAAGUAAAGGAGAAACUAAAACAAAAGGAUGAAGAAGCAAAAAAGAAAGUUGAUGAAAAUGAAGAAAAUGUUAGAAAUAUUGAAAAUGAAAUUUCAAAAAAGGAAAAACAACUGAAAACAUUAGAAAACAAGGUUAAUACUUUAAAGAAGCAGAUUGAAAUGAAAAUCAAGAAUAUUGAAGUACUACAGCAAGAAGUGAAUAAUUUCCAAUUAGAGUUAGAAAACAUAAAUAGGUUACACAAAGAAACAAGUGACAACUAUAAAAAUGAAAUUGAGAUGGCUAAGACAAAUGAAAAAAGACUUCUCAAGGAGAUAGAAACAAUGAAUUCUUUAACAAAUGAAGCAAUGGCAAUGCAGAAAGAAAUAGAUAUUCGAUGUCAGCACAAGAUUACUGAAAUGGUAGCACUUAUGGAAAAACAUAAGCACCAAUAUGAUAAAACAGUGGAUGAGAAAGAUACAGAACUAGAGUUUCAUAAGACAAAACUGCAAGAACUAUCAUCAGAAAUAGAGUCUUUGAAAAAUGAACUUUCUUGUAAGAAAAGUGAAGUUUUUUCUCUUCAGGAGCAACUUAAAAGAGAAAUUAAUGAGAAGGAAAACCUAGCCAGAGAAGCAAAUCAGAAACUACAGGCAUCACUUGUAGAAAUUCCUAAAGCCACUAAUUCAGACCCUCAGUCAGUUAACUCCCAAAAGAACAUAUAUCAACAUUUUAUACCUGUUAAUGAGAACAUAGAAUAUACAGAGAAGUCUUCAUGGACACCUGCCAAGACAUAUACUGUAAAGACACCACCAAAAUCUAAACUGCUAAGAGAAAGCACCAAUUUAGUUUCAGAAGGAAGAAAAAAGAAAAGAAAAGUUAUUUUGGAAUUGGAUUCUCGGUCAGACAGCUCUGACAAUACUGACCUCCUGGUAUUAAUUUAA